AUGGUGGCGGUACUGGCGGUGUUGCGGUCCGCGUUGCCGUAUGGCAGCUGGUGGCGCAUGGAGGGGAACGCGGAGAAGAACAUGGGGUACGAGGCGGCGGCCGGUGAGGGAAGGGGGAAGGCGGAGCGGGGGCGGCGGAAGCUGAGGGUGUGGGGAGCCUGGGGGAUGCUGGUCGCAAGCUGUGGCGAUUCUAUAUCGGAGGUGACGAUCCCGCAUCUGCUGGCGUCGACCAUCUUCGCGGCGUCUAACAACAUGGGCGCGCAGUUCGCGCACAACGCCAAGCUGCUCGUCGCGCUCACGCUCGCCUGCGGGGCCUUCAGUGGGCUGCGCUCCUUCUGCUUCACGGUGCUCAACAUGCGCAUGGUGUGCCGCAUGCGAGAGGCACUCUUUUCUACCAUCAUGCACCAGGACGUGAGUUUCUUUGACAAGGAAUCAGUGGGCGACCUCACUUCACGUUUGGGCGGCGGACUGCCAGCAGGUGGCGCAGAGCACAGCGGGGGACGUCAACGUCACAGGCCUUCACUGGGUGCCGUAUGCGACGUGAGUUUCUUUGACAAGGAGUCGGUGGGCGACCUCACUUCACGCUUAGGCGCGGACUGCCAGCAGGUGGCGCAGAGCACAGCGGGGGACGUCAACGUGAUGCUGCGCAACGCACUGCAGGGGGCGGGCGCCAUGUUCUUCUUGCUGCGCCUCUCCUGGCGCAUGGCGCUCAUCUCCGCGGGCCUCUGCGCCCUCAUGUGGUGCUGCCUCGUCGCCUAUGGCAGGGUACCGUGGGCUGGCAGGUUCCAGAGAGAGAGUGCCCGCCUCAUCCAAGACACUGUUGCAUCCGCCAAUGAGGUGGCAGAGGAGACCAUUUCACUGGCUCGUGUGGUCCGCACUUUUGGCACGGAGCAGCAGGAAGUCAACAGGUACAAGGUGCCACUGCAGCGCCUGCAGCAUGUGGGCCUCAGGCGCUCUGUGGCGUAUGGCAUGUGGAAUUUCGGUGGCAACACCAUCUACAAUGCCACUCAGGUCCUCGCUAUAAUCAUGGGAGGCAGUGCAGUGAUGUCGGGCGCCAUCACAGCAGAGCAGCUCACGCAGUUUAUUCUGUACGCCGAGUGGGUCGUGCACGCUACCUGGUGGGUGGGCGACCACUGGGCGUCCCUCAUGGACUCCCUGGGCGCCUGCAGCCGCGUCUUCCAACUGCUGGACCUGCCAUCCUCACCACAGCUCGCGAAGACACAAGGUGGGUUGGUCACUUACUGGUCGUCCCUUAGGACUCCCCUAGGCCUCAUGUGCACGCCACCUGGAGGGUGGGCGACCACUGGGCGUCCCCUCAUGGACUCCCUGGGCGCCUGCAGCCGCGUCUUUCAACUCCUGGACCUGCCAUCCUCGCCACAGCUCGCACAAACCAAAGGUUUACAGAUGCCAUGGCUGCAAGGCAAGAUAGAGUUCCGAGAUGUGUCCUUCCAAUACCCAACCCGCCCUGAGGCUUCCGUGCUGUCCCAUGUGAAUCUGAGCAUCAACCCCGGCGAGCUGGUGGCACUGGUGGCGCUGGUGGCGCUGAGUGGCAAAGAGAUGACUGUUUCUCACCUCUUUGUAUAUCCUCAUCUCACUUCAAUCCACCCUUCCGUUCGCCCCUUAUUCUUCCUGCAGGCCUCCGUGCUAUCCCAUGUGAAUCUCACCAUCAAUCCCGGCGAGCUGGUGGCGCUGGUGGGGCUGAGUGGCAGUGGGAAAAGCACUCUCGUGGGGCUGCUGCAGCAGCACUAUGAACCCACACACGGAGAGAUUCUUUUGGACGGUGUUCCUAUAAAGGAGUUUGACACUAAAUGGCUGCGCGGGCAGAUGGGGGUAGUCAGCCAAGAGCCACGUCUCUUCAGCACAGACGUGGCAGCAAACAUUUCGUAUGGCUCGGGCAGCCGAAAAAAGAGCCACGAGGAGAUCACACGCGCGGCCUGCGCGGCCAACGCGCACGAUUUCGUUUCGGAGCUUCCCGAGGGGUACGCGACAGUGGUGGACAACUCGCGGCUGAGCGGCGGGCAGAAGCAAAGAAUCGCGAUUGCCCGGGCGCUGGUUCGUGACCCGAAGAUACUGAUUUUGGAUGAGGCGACGAGUGCGCUGGAUGUGGAAAGUGAGAGGAACGUGCAGGGGGCACUGGAUGAGGCGAUGAAGAGGGGGAAGAAUGGCCGGCGCGAUCGUACCGUCAUUGUGAUUGCACACAGGCUGUCUACGAUCCAGGCAGCAGACCGCAUCGUGGUGAUGGCUCAUGGCAGGAUAACAGAGGUGGGCACACAUGCACAGCUCAUGGCCAAGGGUGGUGAAUACGCAAGGCUGGUGAACAUGCAAGACCAUACACCAGCAUUCGCGAUGCCUUGA